AUCAUUUUUGCCAUCUUACAGCUAACAGCAACAAAAUGCAGCCACGGUCAUUGACAACGAACAGAAACGGGCGAGUCAGCAUGAUGGCAACAAUGUCGCUGGUGCUACUGUUGGCGCUGCUGCUGCAUGUGGACACAGCAGCGGCGGCCCGCAAGCUGCCCAAGCGGCCGGCGAAACCGUUGAAGACAUUUCCGCGCAACAAUGCGACGCCGACAAUUGCAGCAGCCUCAGCCUCAGCUUCAGCAGCAGCAGCCGCAUCAGAGGGCGCACAGCCAGCGAGCGGAAGCGAGCUACCAAAACCGUUGACACCUCAUGCGAGCGAACAGCAGCCGGCGGAAGCUGCUCUAGCGGAACCUGCAGCAACACCUGUCAAUGGCGAGAGCAAAAUCGAUGAUCUGAGCGCGACGGCUGCGCCACUAGGCAGCCAGAUCGAUGAAGACUGCGAGCCGGAUAUGAUUGGCUUUGAGCUUAUAACUGGGUACGUGCUAUCGGCGCCAUCGAAGCAAUUGGAGACGCUGCCCGGCACACUGAUGCUGACCGACUGCCUGGAGGCCUGCCAGGCUAAUGAAUCUUGCAGCGCUGUUAACUACGAGACGGGGCUUUGCGUCAUGUUCCGCAGCACCGCCGAUCAAUUGCCAGGUUCACUUUCCCGAUCGCAAUAUCCCGUUUUCACGGUCUACGCACAGAAAUCCUGCUUUGGUGUGCGACCCUGCUCGAAGGCCUGGUGCAUAGAUCGUGUGCAGGGCUACCGUCUGCCGGAGCAUGCCAAGUCUAGCCAGAGCGUGGCCACGCGACGCGACUGCAUCGAGCUGUGCCUGGGCGAAACGGAGUUCACCUGCCGCUCGGCCAACUUUUAUGCGCACUCUGGCCUGUGUGAACUGUCGGACAUGGAUCGCAUUACGCUGUCGGAGGAGGCCAACAUUGUGGCCUACGAUGGCGCCGAAUAUCUCGAGAACAACUGCGCCGAGGAGCCCAGCAAACUGUGCGAGUUCAAGCGCAUCUCGGGACGCAUUUUAAAGACCGUCGACUCGGUGCACCAGAAUGUGCAGAGCAUUGACGAUUGCCGCGACCUCUGCCUCAGCGCCCCCUUCCGCUGCCACUCCUACGACUAUAAUGAAACCGGCGAGCACGUCUGCCGUCUAUCCCACCACAGUCGCGCCACGCUCAGCGAUCUGUCGGAGCCCUACCUGAACAUCGAAGAGGCGGCCACCUAUGAGCAGUCGGCCUGCUACAAUGUCUCCAUUGAUUGUCGCUCGGGUGAGAUGAUCACCAAGAUUCGCACCUCCAAGCUCUUCGACGGCAAGGUCUAUGCCAAGGGAGCGCCCAAGUCCUGUGCCGUAAAUGUCAACAGCUCGCUGGAGUUCGAUCUGCGCAUGCGCUACAAUGACCUCGAGUGCAAUGUGCGCCAGAGCGCCUACGGACGGUAUAUGAACGACAUUGUUAUUCAGCAUCACGAUAUGAUUGUCACCUCCUCGGAUCUGGGUCUGGCCGUUAGCUGUCAGUAUGAUUUGACCAACAAGACGGUUGUGAACAAUGUUGAUCUGGGCGUCACUGGCGAGAUCGAAUCAACUCUGAGCGAGGAAAUUAUUGUUGACUCACCGAAUGUCAUAAUGAAGAUCACGGCGCGUGAUGGCAGCGAUAUGAAGCGGAUUGCCGAGGUUGGCGAUCCUUUGGCGCUGCGAUUCGAGAUCGUCGAUGCCAACAGUCCGUAUGAGAUAUUUGUGCGCGAACUGGUUGCCAUGGAUGGCACAGACAGCGCCGAGAUUACGCUGAUCGAUGCCAACGGCUGUCCCACGGAUCAAUACAUUAUGAGCGCCAUGCAAAAGAUGGCCAGCAAUCGCAAGGUGCUGCUCUCACAGUUCGACGCCUUCAAGUUCCCCUCCUCGGAGCUGGUGCAGUUCCGCGCCCUGGUCACGCCCUGCAUACCGCGCUGCGAACCGGUUAUCUGCGACAACGAUGAGAACGGCGAGCUGAAGUCUCUGCUGUCCUAUGGACGUCGCAAGCGCUCCAUCCUCAAUGGCACCGAUGGCGUUGAGCUGGCGAUUAAGUCGGAACGCCAGAAACGUGAUGUGAGUCAUCAGCCGGCAACCGAUGAGAACAUUUUGCUUGUGCAGUCCAUCCAAAUCACCGAUAAGUUUGCCUUCAAUGGUGCCGAUGCGAGCAACGGCGAGACGAGCGACGGCCUGGGCAAGCUGCAAUUGGAAUUGGCCAACAAAACGGACACUUGCAUAAAUGGCUAUGGCUUCAUAAUUGCCGGGGCACUCUUCUUGCUGCUGCAGCUGACGGUUAUUGCCGUUUGGGACAACAUGCAAAAGCGCGCGUUACACAAGCGAUAAACUGGCGCGAGCGGUUGCUUGGUCGGAGGAUGGAAGAUCGAGAAUGGAGCAAACUAGCAUGAAGUACUCUCUCUCUCUCUCUCUCUCGCUCACACGCUCUCUUAGCUACAAGAAAAGAAUACAGAAAAAAAUACAGAAAAAAAAUGGAAAAAAAAAAACAGAAAACAGAAAGCUUAGCAACGCUCAUAAUCUAGUUAGUAGCUGUACGAAACGGGGUCCUCCAAUGUGGCUGCAGCUGUGGCACUUCAAAGUAAUUGCGCGCAACGUAGAGCUGGACUUCUCUGCACCACAUGGCCAAUGGGAAAAGCGUGGCACUGACUGAGCCAGGCACACCAUACACCACACCACACACACACGCUCACACACCACAUGGAAAGGGCUCUGGAACUGUAGCUUAAUAUUUAUGCUCAUAUAUAUGCUUACUCUAUAAGACUUACUGCUAAGACUACUCUGAAUAUGUCGGCAUACUAUCAGCUUAAGACUCGAAAGCUCCUUAGUCGUAGUGCAAAAAAUCAUUCAAACCUCUUAAUUGAGCUUACGUCGCUGAGACGACGCUUGUCUCACUUAAGAGGUUUGACUGUCUGAAUACUUUAAAUCUAAAUACUUAAUACAAUACUAGGCCUAGAAAUGCAAUGUAACACGAGACAAACUUCAGAUGCUAUAAACAAAAACAACAACGUGAAUGUAAACGUAAACUGAAACGUAAUCGUUAACUUAAA